CCCUGCGCUCGCGAGCCCCUUCCCCGGACAGGCGCCCCUGGCCCGUGGCCCCCAGCUGCUCGCGGCGUUCUCGACCCGCGGGGCGGCGGGUGGGCUCAGGAGUGCCAGGGCGCCCGCUGGGGACGCGCCCAGGGCGCCACCUUUGCGCUGCCCCGAGCCAGGCCCGUGGCGGCCGGAGCCCAUGAGCGCCAUGCACCUGCUGACACUCGCCUUGCUCUUCUCCUGUUCCUUCGCGCGCGCUGCUUGCGACCCCAAGAUCGUCAACAUCGGCGCGGUGCUGAGCACGCGGAAGCACGAGCAGAUGUUCCGCGAGGCCGUGAAUCAGGCCAACAAGCGGCACGGCUCCUGGAAGAUACAGCUCAACGCUACCUCUGUCACCCACAAGCCUAACGCCAUCCAGAUGGCCCUGUCGGUGUGCGAGGACCUCAUCUCCAGCCAGGUCUACGCCAUCCUAGUUAGCCACCCACCCACCCCCAACGACCACUUCACUCCCACCCCCGUCUCCUACACAGCUGGCUUCUACCGCAUCCCCGUCCUGGGGCUGACCACUCGCAUGUCCAUCUAUUCAGACAAGAGCAUCCACCUGAGCUUCCUGCGCACCGUGCCACCCUACUCCCACCAGUCCAGCGUCUGGUUCGAGAUGAUGCGUGUCUACAGCUGGAACCACAUCAUCCUGCUGGUCAGCGACGACCAUGAGGGCCGGGCUGCACAGAAGCGCCUGGAGACGCUGCUGGAGGAGCGUGAGUCCAAGGCAGAGAAGGUGCUGCAGUUCGACCCGGGGACCAAGAACGUGACAGCCCUGCUGAUGGAGGCUCGAGAGCUGGAGGCCCGUGUCAUCAUCCUCUCUGCCAGCGAGGAUGAUGCUGCCACCGUGUACCGUGCGGCCGCGAUGCUGAACAUGACGGGCUCGGGGUACGUGUGGCUGGUUGGGGAGCGUGAGAUCUCGGGGAAUGCGCUGCGCUACGCCCCGGACGGUAUCAUUGGACUGCAGCUUAUCAACGGUAAGAACGAGUCGGCCCACAUCAGCGACGCCGUGGGCGUGGUGGCCCAGGCCGUCCACGAGCUCCUGGAGAAGGAGAAUAUCACCGACCCUCCGCGGGGCUGCGUGGGCAACACCAACAUCUGGAAGACUGGGCCGCUAUUCAAAAGAGUGCUGAUGUCCUCCAAGUAUGCAGACGGGGUGACUGGCCGCGUGGAGUUCAAUGAGGACGGGGACCGGAAGUUUGCCAACUACAGCAUCAUGAACCUGCAGAACCGAAAGCUUGUGCAAGUGGGCAUCUACAAUGGCACUCAUGUCAUCCCCAAUGACAGGAAGAUUAUCUGGCCAGGUGGAGAGACAGAAAAGCCUCGAGGGUACCAAAUGUCUACUAGACUCAAGAUUGUGACGAUCCACCAGGAGCCCUUCGUGUAUGUUAAGCCCACGAUGAGCGAUGGGACAUGCAGGGAGGAGUUCACGGUCAACGGCGACCCGGUCAAGAAGGUGAUCUGCACAGGGCCCAACGACACAUCGCCGGGCAGCCCGCGCCACACGGUGCCUCAGUGCUGCUACGGCUUCUGCAUCGACCUGCUCAUCAAGCUGGCAAGAACCAUGAAUUUCACUUACGAAGUGCACCUGGUGGCCGACGGCAAGUUCGGCACACAGGAGCGGGUGAACAACAGCAACAAGAAGGAGUGGAACGGGAUGAUGGGCGAGCUGCUCAGCGGGCAGGCGGACAUGAUUGUGGCGCCGCUGACCAUCAACAAUGAGCGCGCGCAGUACAUUGAGUUCUCCAAACCGUUCAAGUACCAGGGCCUGACCAUUUUGGUCAAGAAGGAGAUCCCCCGGAGCACGCUGGACUCGUUCAUGCAGCCCUUCCAGAGCACCCUGUGGCUGCUGGUGGGGCUGUCCGUGCAUGUGGUGGCCGUGAUGCUCUACCUGCUGGACCGCUUCAGCCCCUUCGGCCGGUUCAAGGUGAACAGCGAGGAGGAGGAGGAGGACGCGCUGACCCUGUCCUCAGCCAUGUGGUUCUCCUGGGGCGUCCUGCUCAACUCAGGCAUUGGGGAAGGUGCCCCCCGAAGCUUCUCAGCGCGCAUCCUGGGUAUGGUGUGGGCUGGCUUUGCCAUGAUCAUCGUGGCCUCCUACACUGCCAACCUGGCAGCCUUUCUGGUGCUGGACCGGCCAGAGGAGCGCAUUACAGGCAUCAACGACCCGCGGCUAAGAAACCCUUCAGAUAAGUUCAUCUACGCCACUGUGAAGCAGAGCUCAGUGGACAUCUACUUCCGGCGGCAGGUGGAGCUGAGUACCAUGUAUCGGCACAUGGAGAAGCACAACUAUGAGAGUGCAGCUGAGGCCAUCCAGGCCGUGAGGGACAACAAGCUGCACGCCUUCAUCUGGGACUCCGCAGUGCUGGAGUUUGAGGCCUCGCAGAAGUGCGACCUGGUGACCACGGGCGAGCUGUUCUUCCGCUCGGGCUUUGGCAUUGGCAUGCGCAAGGACAGCCCCUGGAAGCAGAACGUCUCCCUGUCCAUCCUCAAGUCCCAUGAGAAUGGCUUCAUGGAAGACUUGGACAAGACAUGGGUUCGGUACCAGGAAUGUGACUCACGCAGCAACGCCCCUGCAACCCUCACUUUUGAGAAUAUGGCAGGGGUCUUCAUGCUGGUGGCUGGGGGCAUCGUGGCCGGGAUCUUCCUGAUUUUCAUUGAGAUUGCCUACAAGCGGCACAAGGACGCCCGCCGGAAGCAGAUGCAGCUGGCCUUUGCAGCAGUGAACGUGUGGAGGAAGAACCUACAGGAUAGAAAGAGUGGUAGAGCAGAGCCUGACCCUAAAAAGAAAGCCACAUUUAGGGCUAUCACCUCCACCCUGGCUUCCAGCUUCAAGAGACGUAGGUCCUCCAAAGACACGAGCACCGGGGGUGGACGCGGCGCUUUGCAAAACCAAAAAGACACAGUGCUGCCGCGACGCGCUAUUGAGAGGGAGGAGGGCCAGCUGCAGCUGUGUUCCCGUCAUAGGGAGAGCUGAGACGCCCCGCCCGCCCUCCUCUGCCCCCUCCCCCGCAGACAGACAGACGGACGGGAGAGCGGCCCGGCCCACGCAGAGCCCCGGAGCACCACGGGGUCGGGGAGGAACAUCUCCAGCCUCCCCCAGGCCGCGCCCGCCCACCCGUCGGUUGGCCGGCUGGCCGGUCCACCCCGUCAUGGCCCCCCACGUGCCCCCGGCGUCGGGGCUAACGGGCGCUUUGUCUGUGUAUUUCUAUUUUACAGCAGUAUCAUCCCACUGAUAUCACGGGCCCGCUCAACCUCUCAGAUCCCUCGGUCAGCACCGUGGUGUGAGGCCCCCGGAGGCGCCCACCUGCCCAGUUAGCCCGGCCAAGGACACUGAUGGGUCCUGCUGCUCGGGAAGGCCUGAGGGAAGCCCACCCGCCCCAGAGACUGCCCACCCUGGGCCUCCGGUCUGUCUGCCCACCCGCCCUACUGCCUGGCAGGCAGCUCCUGCCGGACCAAGGUGCGGACCGAGCGGCUAAGGACGGGUCAGAGCUGAGCCGGCUGGGCAGGGCCACAGGGCGCUCCGGCAGAGGCAGGGCCCUCGGGUCUCUGAGCAGUGGGGAGAGGGGGCUGACGGGCCCCAGGCGCAGGGGC